UACAACAAUAGUUGUAUAUAUAUAUAUACUAUAUAAAACUACAACAACAGAAUUAUGUCAUCCAACGAACCACCGCCACGUUAUGAGCCCGUUGUGGAGCCAAUCAAUGGCAUUGUCCAGCCACCGGUUGUGCCGCCAAUUGAUCGACCGGGACGUAACACGAAUCAAUUGCAAUAUAUCAUCAAAACGGUCAUGAAAUUCUUAUGGAAGCAUCAUUUCUCGUGGCCCUUCCAACAGCCGGUCGAUGCGAAAAAAUUAAACCUGCCCGACUACCACAAGAUCAUUAAACAGCCGAUGGACUUGGGUACGAUCAAGAAGCGAUUGGAGAACAAUUACUAUUGGUCCGCCAAGGAGGCUGUGAACGAUAUAAACACAAUGUUCACCAAUUGUUCGGUGUACAAUAAGCCCGGCGAGGAUGUUGUCGUUAUGGCCCAUGCGCUCGAGAAGGUCUAUCUGCAGAAGAUCGAAGGUAUGCCCAAGGAGGAGGUUGAACUGGAGCCCGUGACGGCCAAGGGUGGCAAAAAGAAACAACGCGCUCCGGCCACCCCAAAAGGUGCAGCAUCUGCAGCAGCAGCAGCGGCGGCAGCAGCUGCGGCAGCCAACCAAAGCACGAGCAUAACGACGGCAGCCAGCAGCAGCAGCGGCGGCGGCAGCAGUAAUAAUAAUGCAACAUCUGCGACAGGCGCCCAAUCGGUGACAGCAACAACGACGACAACAACAACAACUGGGAAAGCAUCGCAAUCCACUUCCUCCGCACAGCAGUUGGCGGCGGCGGCGUCGUCAUCGGGAUCAUUGGGCGGUCUGGGGCAGCAGUCGUCGUCGUCGGGAGGAAAUGCCUCGCGUCCCGUUUCGGCGAUGGGCGGCACGGUUUCAUCAACGGGCGGAGGCGGAGGCAGUGCACCGUCCAUACCACCGAUUAGCACAAUGCCGCCGCAUCAAGUGCCCGGCAGCACGAACACAACGACAAUGGCAAUGGCAGCGGCAGCAGCAGCGGCAGCAGCAGCGGCGGGCGGACCAAACAAUGCGGCCGCCCUAAAUGCAGCAAUGGCCAGCUUAUUGAAUCCGGCGCAUAGCGCCAAUUAUGCGGCCAGCAUGCAACAGCAGCAAACGGCGCUGGCCAAUAGCAACAACAGCAACAAUAAUAGCAACAGCAGCAACUCGCUGCUGGAUGGCAACAAUUCCUCCUCAGCAGCAUCAGCGGCAGCAGCGGUCGCAGCAGCAGCGGCGGCAGCCCAAGCUCAGGCAGCAGCGGCGGCAGCGGCAGCAGCAGCAUUAGAUGGCAGUGGUGCUGCCGCCACAAUGGCAACAUCAAAUGCUGCGGCUGCGGCAGCUGUACAGGCGUAUGUGAAUAGUACGGGUGUCGUUGAUGCCGUACUGCCGCCCCAGCAGCCAGCCAAGAUGAAGAAGGGCGUCAAACGGAAGGCGGACACGACGACGCCAACGGCGAAUGCAUUCGAAUCGCCAUACGGCGCCAUGGAGGCCAAGGUGGCCAAAAUAGCGACGAGGCGGGAAUCGAAUCGUCAGGUAAUUGGCAAGAAGGAUCUUACAUUCCAGGGCUCGGGAGGGUAUCCGAUGUCACCAUUGAGUGGCGCCGGUAUGCCUGGUCUCGUUGCCGGCGGCAGCAGUGUUGGCGGCUCCAUAUCCAAAUCAAAGGAGAAACUAUCCGAUUCACUAAAGUCAUGCAACGAGAUACUCAAAGAGCUCUUCUCCAAGAAACACUCGGGCUGCGCCUGGCCCUUCUACAAACCGGUGGAUGCGGAAUUGUUGGGCCUGCACGACUAUCAUGACAUCAUCAAGAAACCAAUGGACUUGGGCACCGUUAAGCGGAAAAUGGACAAUCGUGAAUUUAAGAGCGCGCCGGAAUUUGCCGCCGAUGUGCGUUUAAUUUUCACAAAUUGUUAUAAGUAUAAUCCGCCAGAUCAUGAUGUUGUUGCGAUGGGACGUAAAUUGCAGGAUGUAUUCGAGAUGCGCUACGCAAAUAUACCCGAUGAGACAGUAGCGAAUGCUGGCCAUCAUCAUCAUGGCUAUUCAAGUGUAUCAAAGCAUGAUGCUAGUGAUUCAUCCAGUGACGAUUCGAGUGAAACGGAAAAUGAAUCCAAUUCGGAUGAGGAGCGCAAUGCCAAGCUGAAAACGCUUGAAUCCAAGCUGCUAGGCCUGCAAGAGGAGAUACGUAAACUGGUCGAGGAGGCAUCAGCCAAAAAGAAAGCUCGAAAAAAACUCAAGGAGAAGAGAAAGAGCCAACUGGGCACAGGGAUGGGUGGGUCGGGCGGUGGCAGUGGCUCCGCCGGUGGCGGCAGUCAUCAUCAUCAUCAUCAUUCGCUUGGUGGGUCAGGCAAUGCCGGCAAUGCCUCGCACGGCAUUGGCGGCGUCGCCAUGCCACCAAAUGUGGCCGCUCUAAAUUCCACAAAUGCAGCCAGUGCCAAUCUGAGCGCCCUGCUCAGUGGUUCGUUGGUGAAUGCCGGUGGCGUUGCCGGCGCUGGUGGCGUUUCAAGCGGUGUUCCCGGUCCGGCAACACUGCAGCAAGUUCACGAAAUGGCGCUGGUCAUGAGCCAGAUGACGGGCGGAGCGGGCGCUGGCGCUGGAACCGGUGGCGGAGGAGGAGCUGGUGCCGGCGGCUAUGCGGGCGUUAAUCCGGGCGUGGGCAUUUCAGCUGGCGGUGGCAAAGCGCCCGCUAAUGCCCUGGCGGGCGCCCUCGCAGCGGGUGCUGCGGCCGGAGCUGGCGGCUCUGGUGGCACCAGCAAAGGUGCUAAAAGCAAGGGACAGCGUGGAGGCAAGGGCAAUGCGAACGUCAAUGCCGGCGGCAGUGGAGCAGGCUCGGCGGCUGCCAAUGCUGCGAAUGCAGCGGCUAUCGCUGCAAACGCAACAGCGGCUGCCAUAACUGGUGGUGGCACCACAAAUGCCAAACGCACCAAAAACAACAACAGCAACAAUGCCAGCAACGCAGGCGCUGGAGCUGGUGGCGGCGGUGGUGGCGGUGGUGCUGGCGCCAAUGCGGCUGGUGCCGGCAGCGGCAGCGCAGUCGGUGCGCGUGGCAGCAGCAAAAAGAGGCCCAACCAGGUGAUCAACUUCGACUCCGAGGAGGAGGACACAGCCAAGCCCAUGUCCUACGAUGAGAAGCGACAGCUAUCUCUCGACAUUAACAAGUUGCCAGGUGACAAGCUGGGACGUGUGGUGCACAUCAUACAGAAUCGGGAGCCAUCGCUGCGCGACUCGAAUCCGGAUGAGAUUGAGAUUGACUUCGAGACGCUGAAGCCGUCGACGCUGCGCGAGCUAGAAAGCUAUGUGGCGUCGUGUUUGCGCAAAAAAACACGUAAGCCAUAUUAUAAAAAGCCUUCUGGGAAAUCAAAGGAUGAGCAAAUGGCGGAAAAGAAACAGGAGCUGGAAAAGCGUUUACAAGACGUCACAGGCCAAUUGGGCGCUAGCAAGAAAACCGCCAAGAAAGAUGAGAACACAUCGAGCAAAGUGGAGGCUGUGCAGCCAGCGAAUCCUGUUUCGUCCAGUUCAAGUUCCAGCGAUUCAUCGUCGUCGAGUUCGAGUGAUAGCAGUUCGAGUGACUCGAGUGACAGUGAAGCAGGCGAUGGGGACGAUCGGCCACCACGCAAGAAAAAAUCACGAAUUGAUUCAAAUGGAAGCAAUGUAAAUAAUAAUACCAGCCUGGUUAGCAACUUGCUGCUCAACAGUCUGUCAACCGGCGUCGCCAUAACACCUUCUGUGCAGCAACAAAUGCAAAUGCAGCUGGACCAAGUGGAUCAGAUGCUCUCCUCAUCGGUGGGGAAUACGGUCGCAUCGCAAAUGUGUGAGUAACAACAGCAACAAUGAACAGAUAUGUACAUUGUACAUGUGUAUAUACCCCUCUGGCAGCAAUAUGUUAGAAUGAUCGUUGACGAGAUACCCCUGAACCGCCAGUUAGAUCAUUUCUCCUCCGAUCUGAGAUAUGAGACAUGAGAUUUAUACAGCGGAUCAAUAAUAUGCCUCAGAGUAUGAAUAUUAACAAUUGGGUAUACAAUUGCUAUCGGAAAUUUCGAUUUGAAAUAAACUUGAUCUGUUUAUGAUAACCUGAUACCUACCACUUGAUGGGGGAGUCAGAGCUGCUUCCCGUCCAAUUUCCGUUCAAACAAAUUAUGAAGCAGAGUUGAAAGUUUAGUUGCAAGCGCAAAACAAACCUGUUCCCAUUCCUGCUGAUUUGAUUUGAUUUAUCUUCUAUAGCUUAUUAUAAGUUCAUUACUGAGGAAUUAGGUUGCAAAGAAGCAGACAAACAGCAGUCUAUUCAAAUGAGGAGUACAUCCUUUAUGCGGUUACGGAGAUGUCUCGUUCAAGCAAGAAUAUGCCAAAGGGGGGCAUAUAU